AUGUCCUCGGAGUAUUCAUUCUGCAGCGAAGGAGGUUUCGACGAACUUUCAAGCUCCUCCGACUCUGGCUUCGACGUGAGCUUCGAAUCACCCAAACACGAAAUACAAGCAGACACUCUGUUUCCGCCGGCGAAGGAAGAGAAACGCAAGAAGACCAGAAGUACUCGGUGCAAGAGUCCUACGCAGGUGCUCAAGCUGAAAAGGAACCGGCGUAUAAAGGCAAACGAUCGCGAGAGGCACAGGAUGCACACAUUGAACGACGCCCUGGAGCGGCUCCGGAUGGCGUUGCCGACCUUCCCGGAAGACACCAAGCUGACGAAAAUCGAGACGCUCCGGUUCGCCCACAACUACAUUUGGGCGCUCUCGCAGACGCUGGGCAACGCGGAAACCGGCGAGAUCACCGUGAACGUCGGAAACGUGACGGUCAGCAUCGGCGAGAACGGAAACAUGAUCACAUCCUCGACGGGAAGCUGCGCGGUGGCGGCUCAGAAACGGUUGGGCCCGUCGCACGCUGGUUUCCCCUAUCCUCAGGAGAGAUUCGUCCCCGAGUGGCAGGAAUACGACUGUUACAGCGACCAGAGCGUCAGCCCACCGAUGCAGUAUCAACCGUGCUACGAUCAGAGGAUGUACCAUACGCAGCAUCAACUGCAAACGCCUCAUCACAUGGGACACAACAGCAUGUACCAGUGUCUUUAG